GUGCACAUUAUGUUGGGGGUGGUUCAGACAUGAGCAGUGGUCCUCCUCGCAGUGCUAUGGUGCCCACCAGUAUACCUGGAGCACCCACGAGUGUUCAGAGUGUACCACCAUCUCAGGCCUCACAGUAUUAUCCAGGCUACCAACAGUAUCAGGGGUAUGCUGUGCCAAGCAGCCAGCCUGGUGGAUUCAGUCAACCGUACUCGUCAGCUCAACAGUACCCUACUAGCUACACCACCCAGUCUACCCCUCAUAGUUCUGGCCCCCCUCAGACCAUAUCUUCUCAACCCCCACAACCAGGACCUCCUGGAGCACGACCACCUGUUAGGUACUCUGUCCCACCAGGUGCUGGAAUCAUGACGUGGGCUCCACAGUAAUCCAUGCAACACUACAGACCAUCACACUUCUUUUGCAGCAAAGUUGUCAUUGCUAAAAAUAUUUCUAAAAGUAAAAUCCUGCAACAGUAGUUCACACCAAAUAUGUAUUCUAAAUGUAUUACCAUCAAAUAAAUAACAAAAUGUCUUGAAAUUUUUCGAGUUGAUAAAAAACUUUAUGUGGUGUCUGUGUCUUGGACACUCGUAAAAUAACGUGUGCUGUGUAAGCUAAAAAUUUUUCAAAAGUGUGUUUUAAAAAAUUUCUAAUAUUAUUUUUGAUACAAGAUAUAUUCUUUUGAAACCAAUGUCUUAAAGGUAUUGUGCAGUGCUUGCAUACAAUAAUAUUUAAAUGUAAUUUUCUCAGAAAAAUUUCAGUUUUUAGCUUAUUAAAUGCUUCCAGUUGAAAUAUACUGUCUCUCUGACUAUUAUACUAGGUGUUGCCAAUAAUAAGGUGGCAAUAUCAGUAUUUUGGCUAUGGUAACAAAUGCCACAUAGCUCUACACUGCAUGUAAAACGACUAAAAGAUAAUUUUUUUUUUAAUAUUUUUGUUUUUUUACAUGCAUAGUAUUUAAGGACAUUCUUCCCAACAUUUACAUAUUGCGAUUGCUGUUGCUAUCAGCAAUGCCUGAUAUGUAUGUGAAAAGUAGAUUAUCUCCUUCUCCCAUUUCCAUUAUAUCUUUGCACACCAAGCCUAAAUUAACAGUGCCAAAUUUGAACACAGCUUGCAGUAGUUUCAAGCCAUAUUCAGAAGGUAUUAGCUCUGAAUCUAAGGCAUGCAUCUAUGAAACCUAGUUCUGUAAUUAAUAUGGUAGUAGUAACAUUACUGUAUUUGGAAUGAAUGUGUUAAGGCUACAGUAGUGAAAAAUCAGUUUAUUUGCAUUUGGAUAUUGUAUAGAAAUGAUUAAAAAGAUUGAGAAACAGUGAAGUUGGGAUAUUCAGUAUUUGUGUAAAUUAUGUUAUUAAAAAGCAAUUUGUGAAGAAGUUCACUUUGAUCUGAUGUAGCCAGCCAUAAUGAAAUGAGUAUUUAUGCAUUUAUUUUUAAUACAACUUAUUUUUAUAAUAUUGUACAUACAGUCAGCUAAGUCCAAGGAACACAGACAUUAUGAUCAAAUAAUUCCAAAGAUACACAAACUGUUCAUAUAAUAUGUAUCAGUUAUUUUGUUUAGUUCUUAUUUAAAUAAUUUUUGCAUAUCUGUAAUAUAUAUUUUUUGUCUUACAUAGGUGUCUUUGCUAAUACAUAUAGUUAAUAUUCACAAAUGCAUAUCUUUCUUUCUUUCAACACACCGGCUGUAUCCCACCGAGGCGGGGUGGCCCAAAAGGAAAAACGAAAGUUUCUCCUUUUACAUUUAGUAAUAUAUACAGGAGAAGGGGUUACAAAUGCAUAUAUUCUUUAUAUUUCACUCUGAGUGUUUAUAUACACACAGUUUUGCAAGGUAUGUACCUACAUGUCAAAAUAUAUAAAUACAAAUUUAAAUUUGUUGCGUUAUCAGACUGUCAACCCCACAUGCUUUAGGCCAGCGUAGUAACCAUCACAUCAUCAGUAAUUACCUAUUUGUGAGGGAAGGGGAAGGUAUGCUCCGAUUCUUGGUCCCCACCUCUUGACUUUCAGCUAACUAAUGUGAUCGAGUUUUAUCAUUUUUUUUUUUUAAUCCUUGCAUGGGGCCCAUUUCCAAUGUGCCUAAGGGAUUGGCAGUUUGAAUCUGGCACUGUUUCUCCUGUUUCACAUGUUAAUACUUAAAUAAAAAUCUAUUAGUUCUUCAUUUAUAAGAAGUUUGGAGUACAUUCAGAAAAUUUUAUAGCUAACUCCACUCCUCCAGUGUUUGAACAUUUGACAGUAAAGUGCAAAACAUUUUCCCAGGAAUUCUGUGUUUACGUUUGACUCGCAGAUGAAUGAAAACCUAACUUCUCGUCUGCAUGUAACUGUGUUUGGUGCCAUCAGAAUUAUUUACACUGUUUAUAAUUAUAUAUAAAAUUAUCUAUUUCUGCUGAUUUAAGAAGUGUUAAUUUCUUAAAUUAAUGAAUAAUAAAAAGGUACCAUACUGUGCUUACAAUUAGUUGUCUAUAAAUUGUUUUAAAAUUUGGUGUAUAUAGCUAAAUUUAGAAAAAUAUUUAUUUACUUCUAAGUGUUUUAAUUUGGGUUUAUUUCAUAAUAGAAAAUACUUAUCAAUAACUGCUGCAUUUAUUUUUAGUGAUGUGAAUCUUAAUUUUGUGUAUCUUGCUAGUUAUAAAAUCAGUGACAGCCUGCACCAAUUUGCUUCAAAUGGGUAAAUUUCUUAGUGCAACUGAGACACAGCCACAUUCAUUUGUCAUUGGUCACAUGUUGUUGGUUACAUUGGCUGGUCAGAUGCACACACAUACUUUUAUUGUAUACCUGACAUAAAUUUGUCAUUACUGUUUAUAAGCUAAUCACUAGUCUGUGAUGAUUUGUUCAGAGCUGAGCACUCAUGUCCAGGUAUCAUGGAGAUUGAAAACACAUUUUGAAAAGUAUGAGAAGUCUCUAAUAAUAUGCUGAGCCAAGAAGUUUUAAUUUAAAAAUGUAGAUUAUGUUGAUAAAGAAAUUUCAUAUUUUAUCAUUGAUUAUGAAGUUAUUAACAAAUAAAUUGGGUAAGUAGUGUGAGAGAAAUUUAAAAUAAACUUUGCUAAUAUUAUCUGAGAAAAGGGUUGUUUAAUAAGCUUAAAAAAUUUAUUGCCUUUUAAAUUGUGGUAUGUGUUUGUUUUAUAAGAGAAGUGUAGAUAAUGGUUAUAUAAGUUUUUCACUUAUCAUAGUAAUGGAUGUUCCAUGUGCAGAUGGUGUAUCUUCGACGGAAACCAUAGACCAAGGUUGUAUUGAGACUUAUUGAGAACUGGUUUUGAAAAAAUAAUAAACUUAUUGGACUGACUGAUUUUGUUUAAGGUUGUAUAUAUUGUAAGUGAUAUGAACUGAAACACUUGGCACUAGUUAAUGCUUCAUCAGCAUGUUUGUAGAAAUAUAAAUUGAUGUAUUUACGUUAUUUUAAGAAUAGCAAUUUUAUAAUCUGUAAAAUAAGUUGGAUUAAUAUACGUUUCCUGACAUCUUGACUUUACUAUUCAAGUCCUCCUUCAAAACACCGUAAUCAACUGACUUAUUGUUAAUUACAUUUUGGUUGUAAAUAAAAUAAAUGAUAAAUAAAAUGUUUGACAAGUAAAA